GGUACAUGGUCCGAAAAACCGCUAGACCUGGGGGCCCCAAGAUGUUAGAAUGGCGACCUUGCACCGGAAAGAUUAGAUUUAAAAUUUACAAAACGACUUCAAUGUUCCACUUUGCGCACUUGUAACGUAAGUAAAUGUUUCAGAAUCUAGACGGCCCGCUGUGUGAGUAUUGCAACAUUCGCUUCGCAUCUGAGAAGGCGUAUCGUCAGCACAUAAAGGUUUUCUGCAAACGUGUCGAUUUAGGUGUGCGAAAACGUCGUCAAUGGCAGCGCUAUUACUCGUUCUAUAAUGACACCAACACGCCACGCAAGAGGUCGUGCAAGGGAUGGUGCCUGUGCGACCAGUGCGGGAAGUGGUUCCCAUCGCCCGGGUUGCUUUGGCAGCACUCGCAAGUGCACACCGGCGAGAAGCUGUUCAAGUGUGCGAUAUGCCACAAGGCUUUUAUGUACAAGCCUUCGUUGAAGGACCACAUGUUGAACGCCCACAGCGACAACCCGCCUCGGUUCCCGUGCGGGGUGUGCCACAGGGAGUUCUCGUGUACCUCAAACCGGCGCCGGCAUAUGUCGACACAUCAAGGUACUCGACUUCUCUACAAGUGUGACAUAUGCGACAAAUCUUUCACGAGCGCGUUCGGCAUGGAGCAGCACGUGACGCACGUGCACCGCAACGUGCCGUGGCCCAAGCGCAACCGUCGCGACAGACCCAAGCCCGGCACACGGAGGUCUAGUGUCACCACUAGUGACGAGGACACAAAUACUACUCCUGAGGACUAGUGCGUCAAAAUAAUCUAUACUAAUACUAAUAUCUAUACUUUUUUUUAUUUUUAUUUUUUUAAUAAAUAGAAUUGGAGUGUCUGUCUGUAAUUUCGAAAUAACUACCUGAUA